AUGCUAUUAUACCUGAUUUGGUUGUCCUUUUCCCCAGGAGUGAGUCCUAUACAUAAUGGCCAGGUCUGCAGUACGUGGGGUAACUACCACUUCAAGACCUUUGACGGAGACAUCUUUCAGCUCCCCUCCACCUGCAACUAUGUUGUGACCUCACUGUGCCAUAGCAGUUAUGAGGAUUUCAACAUCCAGAUGAGGCGGCAGGUGGUGGACAACCAGCCCACCAUUAGCAAGAUCACCAUGAAGCUGGAUGGCACAGUGGUGGAGCUAUCCAAGGGUUCCGUUGUUGUUAAUGGGAAGAAUGCCACCUUACCAUUCAGCCAGUCUGGUGUUCUCAUUGAAGAGACUCCCUCCUACAUCAAGAUCAAAGCAAAACUGGGAUUGGUAGCCAUAUGGAACCAGGAGGAUUCCUUCUUGGUGGAGAUGGACAUCAAAUUCAGAAACAAGACCUGUGGUCUAUGUGGAGAUUUUAAUGGAGUUCAGCAAUUCGAUGAGUUCUAUAGCCAUGGUAUGAAAUUGUCCCCUGUCGACUUCGGAAACUUCUGGAAAUUGGAUGGUCCAACUGAAAGCUGUACUGAAAACACACUGCCUUCAAAUAAGAAAUUCCCCAAUCUGAAACCAAUUUGUGAGCAGUUGCUCUCCGGUCCUGCCUUCAGCAGCUGUAAGGACUUGUUGGCCAUCGACUCAUUUGUUGAGGCCUGUGUAUCUGACCUGUGCAACUGUGAUAACAGCACCAAGUCCUUCUGCCUGUGCAACACCAUCUCAGAGUACUCCCGCCAGUGUGUUCAUGCAGGCGGGAAGCCCAAACAAUGGAGGACUGAACAGUUCUGCUAUAAGACAUGCCCCUUCAACAUGGAGUACCAGGAGUGUGGAAACCCCUGUGUUGACACCUGCUCCAACCCUGAGAGAGGCCAGCUGUGUGAGGAACACUGCUCAGAUGGCUGCUUUUGUCCUCCAGGCACCGUUUUUGAUGAUGUCAACAAAAAUGGUUGUAUUGCCUUGAGUCAAUGCUCCUGCCUCCACAAUGGAAAAACCUACACACCAGGAGAGGCUUUUUCAAGCACUUGUAAAGAUUGCUCCUGUGGUGGUGGUCAGUGGAAGUGUGCGGACAAGGACUGUCCUGGCACCUGCGCUGUGGAGGGAGGAUCCCACAUCAACACCUAUGAUGGAAAAGGCUACACCUUCCAUGGGGACUGCUCUUAUGUUCUGACCAAGGACUGUGAUGGGAUGCAAUUCACUGUACUUGGUGAUGUGGUGCAGUGUGGGCUUUCUGACAGUGAGACUUGUCUAAAGGCUGUUACCCUGUCCCUCUCAGAAGGAGCCACUGUGAUCAACAUACAACCCAAUGGAAAAGCCUUUGUAAAUGGAAUCUAUUCUCAGCUGCCCUUUUCUGCUGCUGGAGUAACCAUUUUCAGAGCCUCCUCAUUUUUCAUCAUUGUCCAGACCACCUUUGGCCUCCAGUUGGAAAUCCAACUCUCACCAAUCAUGCAGGUCUAUAUUGCUGCAAGCACCGUUUGGAAGCAGAGAACUUGUGGUCUUUGUGGAAACUUUAACAACAACCAAGGAGAUGAUUUCAAGGUCCUGAGUGGAGUGACUGAGGGCACAGCCAUUAGUUUUGCAAACACCUGGAAAACACGAGCCAGCUGCCCAGACAUCAAGAGUAGCUUUGAAAGCCCCUGCAGUUUAAGUCUUGACAAUGAGAAAUACGCCCAGCACUGGUGCUCUCAGCUGGCUGAUCCUAAAGGGUUGUUUGCUCCGUGCCACGCAGCGAUAAGCCCAGACAUGUACAAAGAAAACUGCAUGUACGACAGCUGUAACUGUGAGAAGAGUGAGGACUGCAUGUGUGCUGCCGUGUCCUCUUAUGUCCACGCUUGUGCUGCCGAGGGCAUCCAGCUCAGCGGCUGGAGAGACACUAUCUGCACCAAAUACUCCACCUCGUGCCCUAGCACCAUGGUCUAUGCCUACAGCAUAAAAAGCAGUGAUCGCUCCUGCCGCUGCUACAGCGACUCUGACUUUAUCUGUUCAAUCACCUUCGAGUCUGUGGAUGGGUGUGUCUGUUCUGAGGGAACCUACCUGGAUGAUGAGGGCAAGUGUGUUCCACCAGCCAGCUGCCCUUGUUAUUACAAGGGCUCAGUGGUGUCCCCUGGAGAGGUCAUCAGCAAGGAUGGAACCAUGUGCACCUGCAAGGAGGGCAAACUCCGCUGUAUUGGAGAUUCACCUGAUCAGCCAUCAUGUGUUGCACCAAUGGUUUUCUUCAACUGCUCCAAUGCAAGCCCAGGAAUAAGAGGGUUAGAGUGUCAGAAGAGCUGCAAUAUUCUGGAUAUGGCCUGUAUCAGCACAGAGUGCAUAUCAGGCUGUAUGUGUCCCUCUGGACUGGUAGCCAAUGGAAAAGGAGGAUGCAUCAAGCCAGACCUUUGUCCUUGUUCUCACAAUGGAGCUACUUACCAACCAGGAGACAGCAUCAAGGUCGACUGCAAUACCUGCACAUGUAAAGACAGAAAAUGGCAGUGCACAACAAACCUGUGUCAUGGAACCUGUGCCAUUUAUGGAGAUGGACACUACAUUACUUUUGAUGGGAAACGAUUCACUUUCGAAGGAGACUGUGAAUACACUCUUACAAAGGACUACUGUGGUAACAACAAUGCCAACGGCAGCUUCAGAGUCAUCACUGAGAACGUCCCUUGUGGAACAACAGGCACCACCUGCUCCAAGGCCAUCAAGCUCUUCCUGGGGAACAAUGAAUUAAUCCUGACAGAAGGAAACUACCAAGUUGUUGAGAGAAAUUCAGGGGAGGCGGUUCCCUACCAGAUUCGCACAAUGGGCAUCUACCUUGUGAUUGAAGCAAAUAAUGGUUUGAUUCUCAUGUGGGACAGGAAAACAAGCAUGUUCAUCAAACUUAACCCACAGUUCAAGGGACAUGUCUGUGGUCUGUGUGGAAACUAUGAUGGCAACGCAAACAAUGACUUCACCACCAGGAGCCAGGCAGUUGUUGUCAAGCCUCUAGACUUUGGAAACAGCUGGAAAGUCUCUGCAAGCUGCCCCGAUGCAAAGACCAAAAGGAGCCCCUGUAUUGCCAACCCUUACAGGCAGUCUUGGUCACAGAAACAGUGCAGCAUCAUACAGAGCAACGUUUUCACAGACUGCCAUUCUAAAGUGGACCCCUCUCCUUUCUACGAUGCUUGUGUGACAGACUCAUGUGCUUGUGACAGUGGUGGAGACUGUGAGUGUUUCUGUACCGCUGUGGCAGCUUAUGCAGAGGCCUGUAAUGAGGCUGGAGCCUGCAUAGCCUGGAGAAGCCCACAAAUCUGCCCACUGUUCUGUGAUUACUACAACCCCCCUGGAGAAUGUGAGUGGCACUACAAGGCAUGUGGAGCUCAGUGUAUGAAGACCUGCAGGAAUCCCUCCGGGAGCUGCUCCACUCAGAUACCACCUCUUGAAGGUUGCUAUCCAAAAUGUCCUCCUGCUCAACCCCUAUUUGAUGAAGAUACAAUGCAAUGUGUGGAGAAGGAGCAGUGUGGCUGCUAUGGCAGAGAUGGAAAACACUACAAUAAUGGAGAAAAAGUACCGACCACAGAAAACUGCCAGACAUGGUAUGCCUUUAAUCUCAACAUCGACAGCUCCACCUACAACAACAACAACUCGGCCUUCCACCACUUCUACAACUCCAACCACUACUCCUACAUCAACCUCAACAGGAGAAUCAACUACUCAGAGCAGUUGUGA